CCUGCAGCUGGACCACGGAGCUCGCCGGCCACGCGGGGCCUGGCCCAGGUCUGCGGCGGGGAACCGGCGGGGCCACCUUGGCGGGGCCCGGGGCCCCGCACCCUCGGUCAGCUCUGUGCCUUUCCCUGGAGCUGCCAGCCACCUGCAGAACCCUCUCUCUUCAUGGAAAGCUCUAUGCAGUGUCCCCCUGGUGAUGGCAUCUGACAGUGACGUGAAGAUGCUGCUGAACUUCGUGAACCUGGCAUCUAGCGACAUCAAGGCGGCCCUGGACAAGUCUGCGCCGUGCCGCCGCUCGGUGGACCACCGCAAGUACCUGCAGAAGCAGCUCAAACGUUUCUCCCAGAAGUAUUCCCGGCUUCCGCGGGGACUCCCCAGCAGAGGGGCCGAGCCUCACUUGAAAAGGGUGCCCGAGGACCGGCCUGGGAGGCUGCCCCGUGAUUCUGGCCACAAUUCCAGCCCCAGUGGGGGUGGGGGCUACAAGGAGAAGGCCUUGGGGAACCCUUACAGGGAGGAAUGUCUCCCUAAGGAGCAGACCCUACAGGGGCAGGAUCCAGAAGCUGCCAGACCUGGCCAGGUGCCCAUGAGGAAAAGACAGCUGCCCGCUUCCUUCUGGGAAGAGCCACGGCCCACCCACAGCUACCCCAUGGGGCUGGAGGGGGGACUGGGCCCCAGGGAGGGCCUGCCCUAUGAGGGUAAGAAACAUUGCAAGGGUUUGGAGCCCCUGGGGCCUGAGACAGCCCCGCUGCCCACUGAAAAGGAGCCACUCAAGAUGCCUGGGGUCUCUCUGGUGGGCCGUGUCAAUGCCUGGAGCUGCUGCCCCUUCCAGUACCAUGGACAGCCCAUUUAUCCGGGCCCUCCUGGAGCCUUGCCUCAGAGCCCGGUCCCUGGACUGGGCCUCUGGCGGAAAAGCUCAAUUUCCCCUGGGGAGCUGGUCCACUUCUGCAAGGAUGUGGAGGGCCCAGGGCAGAAAGUUUACAGACCCGUGGUUCUGAAGCCUAUCCCCACCAAGCCAGCCGUGCCCCCACCCAUCUUCAACGUCUUCGGCUACCUCUAGCUGGGCUGGAAGGGCCUCGGCCCCCACCUCUGGCCUGUGGGGGUGUUGGGGACCCCAGGAGCUCUCCUGGUUAAGAGUGGGCUGGACAGUGGUGUGGCCUCUUAAGAACCCUCCUUUUGUGUGUGUGUGUGGGAGGGGAGGGCAGGAUUGGGGCAGGGGCUUCUCAGGCAGUCCCCGAGCCAGCCCUUGAAGGCUUGGGAGCUGUGGGGCUGGGCUCGGCCGGCCCCUCCCCAACCAGGCCAGAGCCCAACAGCUCAUCUGUAUCCUUGUGCAGACCUCAGGCGGUGGGGCAGUGCCCUGGCCCGCCAGCCACUCCAGAAGCCAGAGUUACAGGUCUGUUCAUCUGCCAUCCACUGUGUAAGCCAAUCUCAGUUCUGUUCUUCUUGUUCUUUGUAAAUAUUAAGAAAGUUAAAGUAAUAAAGAUGUUUCUUUUGCAGUUU